GGAGUCCGAACGAAUGCAUCUAGCAUCACGUAUUGGUGCUUUACGAUCUAAAAUAGAAUAUUUGAAAACAUUGGCUUCAGCGAGCGCUCUAGAGAGUGCCGAGCAAGCGUUGCAGAAGGAAAACGCCUGUCUGCGGCAAAAAGAUAGUUUACUGAAGGAAAAAGUUCGCGCACUUGAAACGCUCUUUGGAAUUUUACAGUACAAGACCCCUAGUGACAUCGACGGUAUGGUGAACCAGUCCCCUUGUUCGACACCCGCUACUACUAAAGAAGCCUAUUCCACCCAGCAAACCUCUAAUGAGCAGAAACCAAGCAUCAAAUCAGAUAGAAAACUUGCCACCACUCAGCAUCUCCAUCCCGUGGGCGACUCGAAGUUUUCUGCCAAGCCUAAGGUUUCACCGAAUUCAAAAGAACCUUCUAUCGAUUUCGGUCGUCUGGAUGUUCGCGUCGGCCGGAUUGUAGAGGUCACCCGCCAUCCUGACGCGGACUCGCUUUAUAUUGAAAAGGUGGAUCUUGGUGAGGGACGACUUCGCACAGUCAUCAGUGGCCUUGUCAAGUUCGUCCCAAUUGAGGCACUGCGAGACUACAUGGGUGUUUUUCUCUGUAAUUUAAAACCGGCUAAAAUGCUCGGUGUGGAAUCGGAGGCGAUGUUAUUAUGUGCAGUUGCGCCAAUGGGCGGUGCAGUUGAACCACUGGUACUGGAUUCUACUGAAGCAAUCGUCGGAGAUACAGUUGUCGUUCCAGACGUCACUUAUGCUCCCGACAAGCAGUUGAAUCCGAAGAAAAAGAUAUGGGAUCAAGUUAAAACAGAUCUUAGAGUGGAUGCAGAUGGUUUCGCGACCUACAAAGGAAUUCCAUGGACACUCAGGCGCUCGCCUACUAUUUGUAUUAAGGCCACUACUCUUCGCAAUGUGCAGAUUAGCUGACGGCAACAUUCGUUGAUACGAGUAAAAAGCUAACAUUGACGUUUUUUCUUUUCCAUAUAGGUUGUUGCGAACAAUGUAAACGUUUCGUUGGCAGGCUUGUGUACUUACCGCUUGGUCCUUACUGGCACUGUCAUGAUAGUUUCGGAUUCUUUGA